AUGGCGCCGUCGCGUUACGAAGGCCGCGAGUCCGACGAUAUUAAAGAUGACGUUGAUGAAGUCAAGAUUGACAAAUUAAACCUGUCUGAUACUGACGAAGUUAUCCCUCCUUCUCAACCUGACGACUCUGCUCUGAUUCGACAACUUCGAUCUCUCGCCAAAAAACAGCCCAAACUGAUUCGGGGAAAGAAGUAUACCAUAGCCGGCCAGUCUAUCGAGUUGACAAGUUGGAAGAUGACUGAGUGGAUGUAUACCAAGUCGCCAUGUCCGUUUCCGACGCUUGCUCGCGGCUUAUUUACACGCUGGGUCCCUGCGAGAGGGCAUGAGAAUGACCCCGAGGGAGCACCUGGAGCUGGAAAAGAUCAGAUCGUGGUGAGGGGAUACGAUAAGUUUUUCAAUAUGAACGAAGUCAAAUGGAAUACUUGGGAGGCCCUGGAGAUCCACACGACCUCUCCAUACACUCUCACUCUCAAAAGUAACGGAUGCAUCAUUUUUAUGGCGGCCCUAACGCCUACCGAGCUCAUCGUAACUUCGAAACACGCCCUAGGAGAUAUCGAAGGCGCAUCGGUGAGCCAUGCGCAGAAAGGAGAAGAAUGGCUAGAGAAACAUCUUAAAAGUGUGGGAAAGACAAGGAAGGAUUUUGCCAAGACACUGUUUGACCGGAACCUGACUGCAGUUGCGGAGCUCUGCGAUGAUUCUUUCGAAGAGCAUGUUCUUCCAUAUCCCAAGGACAAGACAGGCCUGCAUCUCCAUGGCCUCAACGAACGACGAGUAGAAUUCAGCACGCUUGGAAAUGAUGAAGUUGUUGCGUUUGCUGAAGAAUGGGGAUUUAUCGCAACACCAGCCAUCACAUUCGAUACUAUUGAAGAAGUGAAGAAAUUUACAGACAGCAUUGCCAAAACUGGAACAUGGCAUGGAGAAGCUGUGGAAGGGUUUGUCGUGCGAACUGCAGUUUCUGAUAGACCACCUGCGCUCGUCCAAGCAUAUCGUGGUACCAGGGGAGAACGAAUUACCGACAAGAAAGAACAAUCUACCCCACCUCCGUAUUCGCCUGGAUCUACAUUCUUCUUCAAGAUCAAGUUCGAGGAGCCUUACUUGAUGUAUCGUGAAUGGCGAGAGCUCACCAAGAAAAUGCUCGCUGCUGAAAAUAAGGGGCAACUACGGGCGGCUCAGCUACCCAGCCAUAUGCUACGUCGUCCGGAAACUCGUGCAUACCACCAUUGGGUAGAAGACCAAAUCCGCCAUAAUCCAAAAUCGCUCGCUGGAUUCAAUGAAGGCCACGGGAUUAUUGCUGCACGGGAGCGAUUCCUUGAAUGGUGUAAAACUCCCGAAGGGAAGGACGUUCUAAAAAAAGAGGGCAAUAAGUCAAGCUUGGAAAAUGGUAUACCUUACAACGGUUCUCAUAAGACGAUCCUUGUGCCGGUUGCUAUUCCUGGAAGCGGAAAAACGGCGGUAGCAGUUGCACUUCAGCACAUUUACGGGUUUGGGCACACUCAGAGCGAUGACGUGAAACAGAAAAAAACCGGACCUCAAUUUGUUAAAAACGUGUUGGAGUUGUUCAGGAAUCACGACGUUGUGUUUGCUGACAGAAACAAUCAUCUCCGUCAUCUACGCGAUAGCCUAAAAUACGAUUUCAAGGGAAAAUAUCGUGAAAAGGGACAUAUCAUUGCACUUCAAUGGGUAUUUAGCGAUACCCCCAAAGUGAUCAGCGACAUCUGUUCCGACCGUGUCGUAGCUCGUGGUGACAAUCAUCAAUCCUUGCACGCAGAUAAACAAGAGAGUCAUCGAGGCGUAAUUAGCCAAUUUUUCAACUCAUUCGAGGAAGUAGAAGCUGAAGAGGUAGAUGAUAUAAUAGACAUGGAAUAUACCGAUACUCUCGAGCAGGCUGUCAAACGGGCGAUCUCAGGUAUCUCUCCGAUCCUUGACUUGGAAAUUCCUGACGACAAGAAGAUCAACGAAGCCUGUGCUAUCGCUCGGUCUUACACAGUCAAGUCAACAGGAGCAAAGAAAGCCGCCCCAAAGCCACCUCGAUAUUUUGCUCUGGUUCCAGAUAUCAAUGUCGAAAAGUUGAUUGGCAACUAUUUCGAGGAAGAGGAUGCACCAGACUCCGGGGCAAAAAUGUGGUCAGAUCUUGUUAGCAACAAGCGGGUCGCUGAUCGUCCGCACGUCACUUUAAUUCACGUCAAGGAGAAGCAAGACUCGGUGUCACUCUGGGAACGUUGCUUGGCACUACAAAAGUCUGCUGGAGAAAUCGAACCGACGUUCAGAGUGACGUUCAAUAACAUUAUUUGGAAUAACGAUGUCAUGGCGCUUUCCGUCUCCAGGAUUGAAAUGCAUCGAGAAUUUGAGGACGUGCACCGUCAACUGGCCGAGGAGGUCGUCGAAACUAUACCCGAGAGUAUUACGAACCGACUGCACCUCACUAUUGGGACACGAGACGACAGUAUCAAUCCCUUUGAAGCUGCAUCGAUGGUUGCUGAUUGGAAGAGAGGCGUAAACUCAAUGGAUGUCGACUCUGAAUAUGGCGGAAGGGACAACAACAUAAUUGCUCGUCCAAACAAACGUCAAAAACGUGCCAAUGCAACUAUGACAGACCUCCCGGUCGAGUUAUUGAUAGAGAUCUGCCGACAUGUUUGGCCCGGAGACCUGCUUUCUCUUUCCUGGACGUGCAAAUCACUCCGGAGUUGUUUCAUGUCUAAGUCACGCAAAUCUCUUUGGCAGGAUGUUCUGAAGAAUAUCCAGAAUCUGCCCCCUUGUCCUCCGGGUUUUACGGAGCCUCAAUACUCUCAGGUUCUUUUCUCGGGUUGUUGUACCGUAAGCAAACUACGGAUACAAGCAAUAUUCUCUGCUGAUCGUGAUGCUCAAUCUUUGUUAGGCUUGUGGGACCACGAAGAAACCUCAGAUGGAUCUAAUCCUCCUUUGUUUGGGAAAGGCAAACGGGGACAACUUCCAGAUGCCUGCGUUUUGAAAUCCAACGUGGCUGAAGUUAUCAAAGCAUUCGAGAGGGUAAAGUUUGAAGGUGAUCGUGCAGUAGAGGACUUGCAGAAACAAAUUAUGGCGAUAGUAUUGGAGCGGAGGAAGCAAUCUGAAAGGAUCAUUCGUGCGCUUGAGCUCUUUGAAAACGCAAUCGCUUGGGAAAGAAAGACGAAUCAAAUGGAGCGAAAAGAAGAGAUCCAGCGUAGGUGCAUCGAUAGUUUUCAAAUUGUGCAGGAGGAUCUUCAUUUUCCCUGGGAUUCUCCGUGGCGCCAGGAAUGGUGUAAGAUACUUAACAAGCGCAACUUUCUGUCUAACGAUGAGUGGCGAACCAUCCGUCCGAAGUUACAAAAACUUUUGGAAAGCAAUCGCCGAUUUCGGCUUGCGAAGGAGGAAGAAACCUGCCGUCUGAUUCAGCCAAAUUAUCAAGACCAAAAAAUCCUGUGCGUUUUCGUUGACCCAGUUGCAGAAACCCUUUACGGUGUUGAUGGGAUUUCCGUAUUGAUCUAA